UAAGAAGGAGAUCGAAUAUUCAGGCUCCGUCAGUGUCCGGGUUGUUUUUCUUGACGCCGGGUUGAUCACUACCUUGGAUUCUGCUCGUUUUUACAAUUUCCUUGAUCUUUUCAAAACGUUGAUUUUAUGGAGAGAUGGUUAUAAAGCCGGUAGACUUAUCAUAGAAAGACAUCCCAUCAACAGCACUGGCUCAGUGAUCGACGAAGAUGAAUUCUGUUAUAAGAUGCAGGAAAUUGUGCAGAAUUUCUUUGUUUCGCAUCCCACUCCGAUUAGAGGGACCCCCAGUAGAACGUUUCUUUCACCCAUGCCUCUGGGUGAAUACCACAUUGGACCUGUUUUGUUUAAUCUUCUUCAAUUAGUAAAAGACCAUCACGUCAGGCUGGAUGAUUACUAUGCCAAUUUGGUGAUGAGUGUGAUAUUUGUGGAGGGGCUUGGGCGGCGGUUAUGUCCAAAUUUAGACCUUCUUCCGUUUAUCAAGCAGGCUGCUCUUCACUAUUUUCUUCGAACUUGA